AUGACAAGCCCCGAACUCGAGGCGUUUGCGCGCGCCCUAUCACGCGUCCUGGGCUGGGCCUACUUCCUUGCUUGGUCCCUUUCCUUCUACCCCCAGCCCAUCUCCAACUAUGUGCGCAAAUCCACACUCGGCCUCGCCAUCGACUUUCCCACGCUCAACGUCCUGGGCUUUGCCUGCUACACCGUCUCCACCGCCUCGUUCCUCUAUUCCCCGACCAUCAAGACGCAGUAUGCCCAGCGCCACCCCGAUGCCCCGCAGACGACGGUGCGCUUCAAUGACUUUUUGUUUGCCGCCCACGGCGCCGUCAUGUGUGUGAUUAUAUACAGCCAGUUCUUCGAGAGCAUCUGGGGCUUUGAAGUCGGGCGGCGGCAGCGCGUCAGUCGCGCCAUCUUGGGCGUGUGGUGGGCAUGCGUCGUUGCCGUCUUGGGCGUCGUGGUGCUGGUCCGGGUCCAGGGCGUGCAUGGCGGGUACAGCGCCGAGGGGUGGGCGUGGAUCGACGUGAUCUACACGCUCGGCUACGUCAAGCUGCUCACGGUAAUCCUCAAAUACAUUCCCCAAGCCUGGGUCAAUUACAAGCGCAAAUCAACACAAGGCUGGAGCAUCUACCCCAUGCUGCUCGACUUUGCCGGCGGCUGGCUGUCGCUCGCCCAGCUGUGCAUCGACUCGGCGCUGGAAAACGACUGGAGCGGUGUUACGGGCAACCCUGUCAAAUUCGGUCUCGGUAACGUUACAAUCGUGUUCGACGUCAUCUUCAUGCUGCAGCACUACGUCUUGUAUCGGCAUACGAGUGAGAAGACGAUGGACGAGGAUGAAGAGAGGGGUUUGUUGGAGUAAUAUUAUGUGUUGUAGAAUCAAUCAAUCAAUCCAACUUCAC